AUGAACAUUUCCAACCCUGCUCUGCUAAUUAGGUUACUGUGUGCGGAAGGAAAGGUUGGGGUGGCUCUACAACUUAGGCAUCAUAUGUUAAGGAGUCAUAUCAUUCCUGAUCUGCCUACAUACAAUCAUCUAAUAAAUGAACUUUGUAAGAUUAAUGACAUCAGAAGCGCAAAUUUGAUUCUAAUAGAGAUGUCAGAGUUGGGUGUCUUCCCUAAUUGUGCAACCUUUGAGUCAAUGGUUGAUGCAUAUUGUUGUUCUGAUGAAGUAGAAAAAGCACUUGAUCUUGUGUGUUUGAUGUGUAAAAGUGGAAUCAAACCCAACAAAAGGACCUUGAACAGACUUGUGCAUGCUCUCUGUGAAAGAGGUUUUGUUGAAGCUGCUAGGAUUCUUGUUGAAAUAUUGAACGAACACAUGGCUUCAGACUUGAUCACCUCUACAAUACUUCUCGAUGGUUGGUGUAGGAGAGGGAACAUGAUCCAGGCUGUUGAACUUUGGAAUUCUAUGGCAAAAAGGAAUACCACAUUGGACCACGUUGCAUACAAUGCUCUUAUCAAUGGUUUUCGAUUAUCACGGGAUAUGAAACUUGCUUUUAAGUACUUUGCUGAGAUGUUCAAGAAGGGUCUUCUCCCGGACCUCAUCACUUUUAACAUUCUUAUUGGCGGGCUUUCCAAGAUUGGAAAUAUGGACGAAGCAUGCUCUAUUUUCAGUGUUAUGCCUCAUUUUGGUAUCUCACCUGACCAGCUCUCCUAUCAGAUCCUAAUUCAAGGGUUUUGCCAGCAGGGUAAUGCCGCUAAAGCUGCGGGGUUUCUAAAAAAAAUGUUGGAUACUUUGAUGGUACCUGAGCCACUAAUUUGGAACGUUCUCAUCCAUAGCUAUGGAAGAUGUGGUGAUGUCAACAGUGCAUGGAAGAUGAAAGAUAAGAUGGUACACUGGGGAGUCAGGCCUAAUAUCUUCACUUACAAUGCGCUUAUUCAUUCUCUUUUAAAUAGUGGGAACAUAAAGGAUGCUCUGCGACUUAAGGAGACGAUGGAGAUGCUUGGUGAUGAAUUCUUUCCGGAUGUCAUUACAUAUAAUAUAUUCAUCAGUGAAACAUGUAAUUUUGGAAAUUCUUUCGUUGCUUUAAGGUUUUUCAAUGAAAUGAGAAUGAGAGGUGUUCAGCCUGAUGUUAUCACUUACAGCAUCUUGAUCAAAUAUUUCUGCAAUAGAGGAUCAAUGAAGAAAGCCGAAGAGAUUUUUGCUAGAAUGCAGAAGGCUGUUGUGCUUAUUGAUUACGUUCCAUUUCAGAUACUAAUCAAGUUCUAUUGCAAUCAGGGAAAUAUCAAUAAAGCAUUUGACCUUCAUGAGAUUAUGGCCAAGAAGGGGCUUGUUGGGCGCCCUUCUAUGUACUUCUCACUUAUUUCUGUGCUGAAGAAAGGCAUGGUGUAA